AUGGAUUGUUUGAUCAGGGUGAAGAUUGAGUACCCAGCUGAAACUAUGAGGUGGCUAAUGAAUCCGACUGCAACAAUCACUAUCACCAGCCAAAGGAAUGAAGAUGACCCCCUCCAUUUUACCGCAAUAAACCUGCGCACCUUCAUGCUUCCAUAUGACAAGUAUGAACAAAAUGGAGUCUUCCGGAGAGCUUUUGAAGAAAUUCUCAGGAAUGUUAUGCUCUUAGUUGCAAUUGCAUUCAUUUUGAGUCAACUCUUCUACGCGAAGAAAGAUAUGGAUGCCAUUCCUUAUAUAUCUCUUGUAAUGCUCACUCUUCAAACUCUUGGAUAUAGCCUUCCACUGAUCAGUGAUUCCAAAAUUCUUUUCCCACCGAAGGAAUACAGGAACGCAAUUCAUAAUCUUUAUGGGUAUGAGGAAGUAUUGGAGGUCCUUGAUUACUCCGGAAAACUCCUUGUGUUGGCUGCCUUGCUACUUACUGCAAGAAUUUUCCAGAAGGUGUCAGAAUCUCGAAGUAGACCAAUUAAUCAUUCGAUUACCAAAUUUCCACCUGUCCCUUGUGAUAAGCCAGUUCUCCUAAUUACCAUGGCAAUUUACAUCUUUGGAUGUUUUAGUUUUCUUCUCGUUCAGGGCAAACUCUUUGAGCCUGAAAGGGAUAAACAUAAAGUUGGAGAUAUUCAUAUGGAGGGAAUCUGGAUGAACACACUGAAAGAAUGUAUAGACGUUAGUCAGAAUUUCUUUUUGCUUCCCCAAAUCAUCGGCAACUUGCUUUGGCAGACACAUACUAAACCCCUUACGAAAUCUUACUACAUUGGAUUCACUUUGGCCACAGGUUGGCCCGUGGAUCUUAGCCAUGCCCAGACCUAUCUUAUGGCCGGGAAUGGCCAUGCUACAGAUCAGGCUGGUUCAUUGCACUUUCCCGUGGUCAGACUUUGGACUGUCCAUAGGGUCGGGCGCAGCCGGGCUGACCUUGGGCCAUGGCCUGCCCAUGGAAUGUCCGGGACUCCGGGCUGUGGCUUUGGCACUUAA